AUGGGUCGCAGUAAUACAAAGUUGCCUUUGGAACUAAUAAAGAAUGAGAAGUCGCGCAAUGUCACUUUUCGAAAGAGGAAGAAGGGAUUGAUGAAGAAGACGUAUGAAUUGAACAAGCUUUGUGAUGUGCAGUGUUCUGUUAUCAUUUAUGAGAACAAAAAUGGCCAACUGGUCCGGCCGGAUACCUAUCCUGAAAACCCUGAAGAGGUCAAGCAAAUUAUUGAUAGAUUUGUCUCCAAAUCAGCCAAAGUAAGGAAAGUUGAAAACUUGGCUGAUUUUUUCGGCAAACAAAUCAUGCAAGUGAAGAAAGAGACUGCCAAAUUGCACCAAAGGAACAAUGAAGCUCGGUUUCCUUCAUGGCAUGACAUGCUAGAUGACUUUUCAUUAGAUCAAUUGCUUGCUCUUUUGAAAAAACUAGAGCACAAAAUCGAAGACGUGCACAAGCAUUAUGAUAAGCAAUGUGUUAUUGAUGACAGUAUACUACGACAAACGGCCUUGUUUCCAAACAACAACGUAGACUAUUCUCAAAUGGUUGCAUUGAACCAAUACCUGCAUGCAGGCAUGCCGUGGCAGAACUACAGCAUUCAGAGUGCUCCAUCAGCAUCAAACGGAUCAAAUUAUGACGAACAAAGUACAGCUAUGAAGUGUGAAAAUCAUCUGCAAUACGGAAACAUCAAUGAAAAUUUGACAGUAUGUAAUCACGUCCCGUCGCAGCAGACUGUGUAUCCAAUGUCCGCAAGUUAUUUGUUUGAUAAUGCCAACCAAUUCUUGCAUCUCAAAGGCUAG